AACAUGGCGUCCGUAAGGAGACAAGUGGAUACAGCAUCUUGGUUGAACAACAAGCUGUCCACUGAUGAUCCUUGGUCUGGACCAGGUUUCCGUUCACUUUUAACUCACGAUGUCUUACGAAAUAUCCCAGAAUGCUUUCACAGACUUGAACCUCAAGUCAAAAUCAAACUUUUGAUGGCUUUUCUUCACGUCCCUCGACGUGUUUUAGAAGAAACAAGUGCAGAUAUCAGUGAGACUUUAGAAAUUGGCUCUCAGGAUGAAGAUGAGUGGGUUCGAGUUCUAUGUGAAAUACUUAAGUUUUAUCCAACAUCGGGGACGCUAAACGUUCAUUUAGAAGGCGCUAGUCCUGUGUUUGCUGAAGUAACUGAACAACUACGAAGUCAGUUGUCCAAUACAGAGAGCACUUCAAAUCUCUUACCAUUAGAAUGUACAUACUUGAACAAGAUGGCUCUUCAUUCAGUGGUUGGUCAACAACCUGUGUUACCAAAGCAUUUUACACUCAGAAGAAAACCAAAAUCAGCAGCUCUCAGAGCUGAGCUUUUACAAAAAGCAAGUGAAGCCCUCUCUGCUCAAAAGAAAGGUAGUGGAACAUCAAGCUCCUCUCAUAAACUACAAUCCCCAGUGAAAAAGUUUGAACCUCCCUCACGUGUAACAACAAGACCCAUUCAUAGACCAAGAAGUCUCAAUUCAAGUGCAUCAUCUUCCUCAAGAAGCCUUAUAUCUGCAGCAACAUUAAAACAACAUGGUAGAACUAAGCUACUUGACAUUAAUGAACAACCUAUUGGAGGUGGGAGAGAAGUCAAGAGAAGAAAGAAACUAGCAGAUGCUGAACAAGCUGAAGAAGCAAAGCAAAAGAAGUCUACUGAAGCUGCAAAGCCACAGGAACCAGCAACACCUGAAUAUGCUGCUGGAUUGCAACCUCUUUCAACACAAACUAAGGCGACACCAACGCCUACUACACCAACGACAACAGCGCCUACACCGUCAUAUGCUGUCAUGUCUUCAAGGGGACUUAUUACAGUGCCUAAUGCCCCAACACCUUCAUCUACCUCUAACCCAGCUCCUUCCAACCUUAGUGAUAGUACUAUUAAUCUUAAGAGGGAACUUGAGACUGCAGUAGAGCAGCAGAGGCGUUUGAUAAGAGAACGUCAGCUAAAGAGGAAUGAAGCGUCAGGGUCAUCAUUAGCGUACAAUCCAUCACCUGGUUUAUCAAAGCCACCACCACUAACACCAUCAGCAGCUCCAUUAAACAGCCUUCAACCUGGUCAGGAAAAUCCUUCAAACUAUCCAUCAUCAUCUUCUCAACAACAGCUUCAACAGCAACAGCAGCAACAACAACAACAGCAGCAGCAGCAACAGCAACUAUUACAACAACAGCAAAACAAGAGACAACUAACUCUAUCGCGUGAGCAAAUGCUGGCUGCUCAUGAGAUGUUUAAGAAUGCAAACCGCGUAAGCCGAGCUGAGAAGGCUCUUAUCUUGGGCUUCAUGGCUGGAGCAAGGGAUAAACCGUUCCCCAACCAAGGCCCUGUGAUUACCAUUAAACUGAGCGAAAACACUGAGAACGUACAAGCGGCAGACGGAAGUCAGCAAACGCUACUAGUUGAAAUGUUGUUUGAGAUGAAUUAUGAUACUGGUCAUUGGAGAAGACUAAAGAGAACGAGAGUUGUAACAAAGCAAACAACGGGACAACCACAGGCUGCUUCUUGAACAAGCACAAUAACAAUUAUAAGACUGGGAUAAUGGCUGCAAUAAGUUAUAUAAAUCAAGAAUAUUUGGAAAUGCAAUCACUAAUAAGAAUACAUAGAGGCAAACCCAUAAUGUUGUAUAGUUGUAAAGGCAACAACUACACCAUUUGUAUAAAUAUUUUUAUUAAUUCUUGGGAAGAAUUUCAUUCAUUUUCAUGUUCAUUGCAUGAAGACGUUUUACAACUUGAUGUCGAAACUAAUAAUCUUGUGAAAAAAUGCUUCGUUGCUGUCUUUAUAACAUUAUAACGUGGGAAUGACUGUAGUCAUGACGUGGAAUUGAUCGUAUUCAACCAUUCCCAUGAGAUACAAAAUAUAAGACCGGCGGCAAUGUUGGAGAUAUAAACAAUAGACACUAAUGAAAAAUACUUUGUUGAAGUUUCUCCAAGAUGGCUGGUGUGACGCUUAGUAAAAACUAAGAAUUUCUCGCAAAGAACUGACGCAUUACCAAAAGAGUUGGGUCAAACCUUUCCUAAUGUAAAUAUCAAAGUUACCAUCUGAUAAACAUUAGUAACUGUU